CUUCUACACAAGACAGAUAUGGAUUUAGCUUAUUGAGUGAGAGAGAGGGAGAGCAAAAUCUGGCAUUGUCCUCUGUUGGUUUAUGGUUAGGUGAUGGUGGUAGAGGUGGCAGCUGAGAGAUCCAACCAUUUGGCUCUAUCUGCCAUCUUUAAUCUCGGCGUUAGUUCUCUUCAAAACUUUUGCACCAAUUCAGUGACAUAUUCUUAUUCUUUGCCACAUAACCAACACAACCAAACUGCAUCCACUCAUUAGGGUUUCUAUUUUAUUCCUCAUCACACCUUGCUUUCUGUGCCUUCUUCACUUCUUGUGUUUUCUUUCUCCUCGGGAUCUGAAACGCUUUCCAUUCCCGGCCCGACGGACUUAUUGUCUUUGCUACUAUCUUUUCAUCUCAUUCUCAAACUCAAACUCAAACUCACCAUUUCCGGAGCAAGAUUAUCGAUUUCUGCCACGCAACCUAACACUUGUUUCUGAGUGAAAAAUUGCAUGGAGAAUAUGAAUAGUUUUUGUCAUGUUCCCCCGGGUUUUAGAUUCCACCCCACGGAUGAAGAACUUGUUGAUUACUACCUUAGGAAGAAGGUUAGUUCAAGGAAGAUUGAGCUUGAUGUAAUCAAAGAUGUGGAUCUAUACAAAAUUGAGCCAUGGGACCUUCAAGAGAUAUGCAGGAUAGGAAGAGAAGAGGAGAAUGAAUGGUACUUCUUUAGCCACAAGGAUAAGAAGUAUCCAACAGGAACAAGAACAAAUAGGGCAACAGCAGCUGGGUUUUGGAAAGCAACGGGAAGAGACAAAGCUAUAUAUUCAAAGCAUGAUCUCAUAGGGAUGAGGAAGACAUUAGUCUUUUAUAAAGGAAGAGCUCCUAAUGGACAAAAAUCGGAUUGGAUUAUGCACGAAUAUCGCCUUGAAACCGAUGAAAAUGCCGCACCACAGGCAAGAAGAAGGAUGGGUGGUGUGUAG